GAAUUCUUCACGCCAAAGUCCAAAAAACUAAAAACUGUCAGUCAGAAAUGUCACUUCUUUACUGUCAAAAAUUAAUUGGAAUUUUGGUUUAUCGUGAUUACCAUUAAUCGAAAUGAAUUGAAUUUAAUCGUGGAGUGGAAAUCGGAGAACAAAAUGGAGAUAACAGUGGAAAGCCUACCGCUGCUGGGGGUCUGCAACCUGUGUUUGAACGAGGGGGCUGUGAAAAGUAUGCUUGGUUGCAGUUCGGCCGAUGUUCCGUCUUACGCGGAUAUAUUGUUAAAAUGUUUCAGCAUAGACAUAAGCCUGAUGGAGCUGGGGGACACGAAGCAGCUGGUGUGCGACCCGUGCGCCACUCGGUUACUGGAGAGCAUGGCCUUCAAGGACCAGGCUUUGCACUCUCUCCGCAGUCUUGAAGACUCGGCCAAGAUGUUCAACGUGAAAAAAGAGAGCGUCGACUUUAUCGACGAUGCCGGCAGCCCUGCGGACUUCGACCUCGACCCCGACGAUGAUGAUGAUGACGACAAAGCAUUAUCAGUCAUUGUCAAAAAGGAGCCCACUACAGAAGUGUUCAAGCCGCGCAAAACCAGAAAAAAAUUCAUCACCAUCACCGUGAAGAAGCCCAAAGACUUCAAAGACAUCACCGAUACUGAAACCAUGCUCUCACAAGGACUGUUCCCGUUUAAAAUACGAAAAAACAGGCUGUUCGCCUGCGCCAUUUGCCCUGAAACACUCUCCAAACUCGAGGACAUGAAGAAACAUGUAUCACAACAUAAUAAGAAAAAUAUACAUAUCGCUUUCAAGAAAAUGAUGUUCUCAAAUUCACAAAGGUUCUAUAAAAGCGCUACGCAGUUGCGGUGCAAAAUUUGCACGACAGACUUGAAUAACUUCGAAGAAUUGAAUGCACAUGUUGAAAAUUGUACUAGACUUAAAUAUACUAACGGGAAAUGGAGUAACUUACCGUUCAAACUAGAAAAGGAUCAACUAGACUGUCCUGUUUGUAAGAAAACGUUUCUCAACUUUGUAAGUCUAAAUACUCAUAUGAACAUACAUUACCCGAAUUAUAUCUGUGAGAAUUGUGGAAAGGCUUUCGCUUCGAAAGCGAGGUUAAGAGGACAUAUGAGGACUCAUGAAGUUGGUGAGUUUGCUUGUAAAUAUUGUGAUGCUGUCUUCGACAGAGUCACUAAGCGAGAGAACCAUGUGUCUAAGGAACAUAAGGCCGGAGUGCGGUACGCUUGCAAGCGUUGCAACAUAUCUUUAACAUCGUUCUACGCUCGACAGAAGCAUUUAGCUGAGAUUCACAACGAAGAGCUGAAGCGAUACAAGUGUAAAGCAUGUCCGCAGAGCUAUAUUACCCCGGGACACUUGUCGAGUCAUGUCCGGAGAGAUCAUUUGAACGAACGGAACCAUAAAUGUGAUAAGUGCGACUUAGCUUUCUAUACUAAGAACGCUUUAAAAAUGCAUAUGAUUAAGCACGAUGGGGAAAGGAUCCACGUGUGUCAUAUAUGUCAGAAAUCGUAUCAAAGGAAGAAGACACUUAGAGAGCAUAUGAGGAUUCAUACGAAUGACAAGAGAUUUAUUUGUCCGGUGUGUGGAAGGGCCUUUACGCAGAAAUGCACGUUGAAGGGGCAUCUAAAGGUGCAUGAGAGAAAGGUGGAGAUAGAUGAGAAGAUUGUGCAGCCGUUGCACUCUAUUUGAACGGCUGAAAGACCCUAAUGUCCGAGGUAAAAAUAGAUAAUGUUAGUAGGGGGCGCCACUAGCACAUACAGGAAAGAAACCGCCUUGAUGCCAUUGACAUAUAUCUAAGGACGGGUCUUACGGGCACUAAGAAUGGGGCCAACACAGCGGUGUCACUCACACGAAUUCGAGCCAAUCGUGCAGUCUAACGCCACAACGCGAUUGGUUGAUGAGUUCGCAUCACGCGCGCGAUUGGUCGCAACUAGGUGCGUUAAUUGCACGAUUGGCUCGAAUUCGUGAGUGACACCGCUGAACUAGCACCAUUCUUAGUGCCCGUAAGCCCGUCCUUAGAUAUAUGUCAAUGCUUGAUGCAUCAUCUUAUAUACAUAUACUAUGUUUACGGCAUAGUAUAUAUAAGUUAUUCUAUGAUUUAAGGUUUGUGCUAGUGCUGCACUCAGGCGGUAGAACGUUGCAGUAAAACUCACUAUUGCAAGAAGCCCGCCGCCAUCUUGAGUUUUUGCAUUUUUAGUCGGAUCGUGUUGAAAAUUCAUUUGUGACAAUUCUCAUAUUAAUUUGGGAUCAAGGUCACGUUUUAUUUACACCGAGGAGUAUAUUUCCAAAAGGGCGUAUUUAUUUAUUUAAAAAUAAGCCCUUUUGAAAAGACACUCCUCAAAUGUAGUGCAUAAUUUUUCCAUCGUAUUUUCACGGAAACGUACGAACGUGUCUUGCUAUUUCAGUCAGUCUCGGUACAAAAAGUACUGAGGUUGGCUGAAGUAGCAUGACAAAUACGAACGUUUCUGAGAAAAUACGAU